UGCUGUGCGAAAAACGUAGCGACGAGCGAGAAUGCAUGCGCGCGCAAUUGAACGGGUCUCGAAAGCUUUUACGCUGUGCGCUAGCCGGAUAUAUCGCUGGCGUGGCGCAACCCUCCCCCACGAAGCAGAUCCGAAUCCAAAGGGGUAGUUUCUCCGUGGGUAGCGCUCGUGGCGCCGCUCUUGAAUGUUCAUGGCAAAGGUAAGGGUGGCAGGCAAGCCCCGAUUCCAGGCCUCGGUUAGUCGUGCGAGGUGCGAGGGUCGCGCAAGCUCGUAAGCUCGUCCGCCACCGCGUUCGUGCUCGUUGCCGCCGCCUCAACGAGCAGCUGUCAACGAAAGGCCAGGCCGAUUUAUGAUAUCUGGCCGCGUCGUGUCGCGUCGGCCCCUCGUCCAUCCAAUAACCACUCGACCAACCGAGACGAGUAGUGAUUCGGAAACGUGGGAGGAACGAAACGGCGGAAGACGACGAUGCCAAAAAACGAGCGGGACACGCAGUCGGAUUCUCGAUACGCGAGAUAGUGGAGGACACACUCGACUCGGAUAAUAGUGGCGACAGUGGCCAGUAGUGAUUUCGGCACGAUUAGCAGCUUAAUUGAUCAGGUUUCACAAUCUCACAGCAUUCUUCGGAUUUAGCCAUGGGUUGGGCUCUUACCGGACUCGGAGUAGCUUUGGUCAUCGUCAUCGCAGCUGGAGCCACACUUGUUCUUUGCAAAAGAUAUUGCAUCGGAUGGCAAUUUGGCACGAGGAAUGUAUGGAGCGUUUGCGAGGAAUGGAGACAGAGGCUUUCCUGGCUUUGGGCACCACGGGAAGAAAAGGUGGGAUUGGUAAAGGCUCAGCAUCCGACCGCCCAGACAAUACCAGGCCUAUAUCGCCAGACUGGAAAUGCCUCUCAACAUCUCUUGCAUAGCGAUAGCGACCUCCGGCUAGAUGCGCAAGGAGCCUUUACCAGAUUUGAGGCUGUCGACAGGGAUCUACAUCCACCUCUCGGCGGCAGCACGAUACCACCUCAACCACUGAGGCCUGCUCCUCAACCACGACCGACCGCUCGUCCGAGGCCGUCGCCGCUUCAGACGUCGAGUACCGUCGACUAUAUUAGAAUGCACGAAGUCGGUCCGGGUCCGUUGACGCCGCCGCCGUCGUUGCAAAGAGGAUCGAUACGAUCGAGAGCCCCCGGUCCGUCCGUGUUUCUCUUUCAGAGCGAACCGCCAAAGAAUCACGACCCCUUCCAGUCGAUCGAACGUUCUACCUUCAUAUUCGACAAUGGUCCCGCGAAAACGAUAGCGGAGAAUAUUCAAAUGACACCUUACUCCAGUCAAAACCAUGUAGAUUCUAGAUUAACCAGGCAAUUCGAGCCUCCUUCCAAAGAGUCGGCGUGGCUCAGAUACGGUAUAAGCGAACCCCUAAAUAACCAUCAUGACAAGUUGAACGAUGAAGAUAUCAGUAGAAGUUACGGCAACUACGAGAUCGUUCAGAGAAAUCAUGUCGCGCGACCAUACGCGAGGAAUGAAUCCAGAGGAUUUCCGGAUAACUUCAAUAUGACGAAUUCAGUUAACCAGAACGCAGCUAACCAGAUGAUCAUGGAGUCGAUAUACGGGCCACAGACCAUUUCCAAGAUGCUUCAGAACAGCGAGGAGCUGAAUGGAGACCUCAAUCGAAAGAAUAACGAUAUGCAGAACAUCGAGAUGACUCCGUUCAAGAGUACUUCCGGCCAUCAAGAAGAUAUCGAUUCAUACUUGUUUCACGGCGAUCUGUCCAAGUCGCAUGAUCUUCAGCGAGUCUCGCAAUACAUUCAGAGCUUGCCUGACCUACCUGUCUACGAACCCAUGAACGAGCUGCAGACACGCUCAAGUCGUGAAUCGAUACUGUUCGUAAACGCAAUUCAAGAAUCGAUCGUAGACGAGACGAAAAUCGCGAGUGAGUCUGCUUUGAGUCCGAUACCACCGCCACCGGCACCGCCGGAUCCAUCUCAAGAGAUGACGAAAAAGAGCCCGACAACCGGCGAGAGAAUCUUCAGCGCGCUCAGAUCAGUCACCUCACAGAGCUACAUAGAUGCCUCGGAGUUUUAUAAUUCGGUACUGUCCUCGGCGCAGCAAGUACAACGACUUGCGUUUCCAUCGACACCACCACCGUUCGUGAAUGAUAGUACUGAAGAUCCUUUACAGGACGCCGAAUACUUGCAAGAUAUGCGAGAUAUUUAUGCGGAAACCGAUCCAGACCUGACUGGUCUCGACGGUUCGAGACGGAGUUCUGAUCUUUAUAGCCCUGAAUUAAACCUCGAAGCUCAUAGGACAGCGCAAGAAGUGUACAAUAGUCUACAAGACCCACCGUCGUCUCCCUUAUUGCUUAAAGAUCACAAUCACGAGUCUUAUACGUAUUUAUCAGAUCCCAGUUUUACUCGAACGUCAGAGGAUAUUUUUAACAGCCUCGAACAAAGACGUAAAAGUAUAGAAAGACUGAAUGGUAUUCACGAAUAUAUAGAACUUGAUGCUGCCGACCCCUCGAGGAGAAGAAAUAGCCAGGAACUCUAUGCCGCCUUGGAGGAGGUGCAAUUGAAGAGACGACUUUCACAGAGUCUGGAAGAGUCGUACCUGAGUUACGCGAUAAACGAUCACAGUAACAUCAGAUCGGGAAAUCGACGAAGUUCGCUAGGACCCGAGCCGGAACCGCCGCCCGACGAAUCCACUUUAAAAAGAGCGAUUAGCUGCGAGAGCGUAUGUUCCGAUACCAGCAUCAACCUGAACGAUUUGGAAGAGGCGCCUAUCGUAGGCCACAUCUGUGUCGGACUCGAACAUGAGAGAUGGGGUGGUCGCGGAAGCGAUUGCGAAGGCGAUCUGGCCGUAAGUGUCUUGGAAGCCAGGGAUCUCGUUGCUGCCGACGGCUCUCCUGCGCAAGAUACUUUCGUCAGAGUGUGUCUACUACCCGACAGGCAGACUCAUGUGCAAACGAGAAUUUACAGGGGAUGUCCAUCGCCUAGUUAUCAGGAGAAAUUUUUAUUUCCUCUCGAUGGCGGACCAACAGGCAAAGCACUUCUUGUCGAGGUAUUUUCUGAUGAAUCUAACAUUGGCGGCGGCGCAUCCUUAAUCGGUGAAGCCAGUUUGAAGCUCGGACCUGCAGCGAGACCACCUGCUACAACUUGGCUAGCACUCAGUGGACCUGCCUUACCCACUCCACAUCUAGGAGAGUUGAUGUUCUCUCUUAGUUACUUGCCUACGGCGGAGAGACUCACCCUCGUAGUAGUUAAAGCGCGCAACUUGCACGGCGUAAAUUUAUCUCCGGGUGAUUUCUUCGUCAAGGUAUACCUACUUCAGCAAGGGAAAAAGAUGCAUAAGAAGAAGACAUCCGUGAAGAAAGGCGAGAAAAGUCCGAUCUUCAACGAGGCAAUAAUAUUCAGUGUGCCAGCGCACGCUUUACAGACUAUCCAGCUGAGAUUGACGGUGGCGGAAUUGAACGGAGAUCAAGGUACAAAGGCGUACUCUGUAGGGCACAUUAUUGUAGGAUCUACCUCGACGGGAAAAGCGCUGGCUCAUUGGAGACAGAUGUUAACGGCCUUGCGGCGUCCGGUCGCUAUGUGGCAUCCUCUCAGGAAGUAGAAACAGAACCGUGUUCCACUCAAAAAAAGUAACUGGAACAGCGAUUUGCGAAACAAUCCUAAAAUAUCACUUUUGAUCCCGGAUCCUCUCGUAUAAAAUUUUGUGUGACGCAUCCCUUCUUUGAUGUAUUUAAUGUUGAGAAGGGUACGCAUAUAUAUAUAUAUCUGUAUAAAAUAAAAUAAAAUCUCGUGGAGAGAUGCGCAUUGCAAGCGCGCUCUAAUCUAUCUACUGUUAACGGUCGUUUGGACCAUCGCGUGGUAAUAUGCGCGAUCUUGUUAAUGACGGAAUUUAUGAGCGAAAUUGUAUGCACAUUACUGAAUCGCACGAGCUAAAUACUAAUUAUCGCAAUUAUUCAGUUAGGCGAAUACUGAAUUCAUCAAGCACGAACACUGCUCCAAAGUGAUCCGCACCAUCGUUUACAGAAAUCAUGAUCUGGACAAUUAGAAUGGUUCGAGCAAAUUUUGCAUUUAGAUUGUUACUUGAAAAAUCGUGCAAAUUGCAAACAAUUGCGGCAAUUAAAUCUUCCUUCUAAAUAGAUAGAUAGAUCUAUUAAGGGAUUCAACGCGGCCGACUGAAACGCCGACUGAAGCAAAAUUUAUGUGUUCUGUUACAUAUCUCUUUCUAAGCAAUUAACUCUUUUAAAGCAAUUAAUUCGUUUUGGAUCCCUUUUACGAAUAUUUUAACUGUAAGUUUCUCUCUCUUAAGAAUUAGAUUACAAGCUAAUCUACAAAACUAGACUAAACUAGAGACUACAAAUGCUUAACGCUAUACAAGUGUAAAACCAAUCGUGUAGUCGUUAGCAAAACAUGAAACAUUUAUUUAUCAUUGGUGCAAUACGCCUAUUACAAAAAUAUUCACCCCUCUUUUAGGAAUUAAGAUGAUUCAUCAAAUUUCGAAUUCACUUGAUAUUACCAAUCGCUUUUUCUAUGCUAAUGUAUAUGCCAAACGUGAUUGAAUAAUCAUCGUUUAAUACACAAAGCUGAUGCACAAUUUAUCACCAUAGAUGGAAGAUGGCAGAAUGUAUUUUUUCACGAAUGCUAAUCAAUCGAUUGAUUAUAAUCCAUUCAAUGACGAGGCGAUUCAUGCGAUAAAAAGCCUGAUUACAGUAUUCGAUGAUGUCGGAAUUAUUUUGAGACUGACAAGACUUGCACCAUAGAUACACGGGUUUUCAUUGCAUCCGUAAAAAAUAUUACACGAUCCUACAUAAUCGCCAUAAUUUCCUGAUAAAUGUUACAUGUUGAUUCUUUGAAUAAUGCAUUGCCUUUUAAAAACUAAGGGUCACAAGUUUUGACUAUCAUUAGAGUUUAAUGUAGAUUAGCCUAAGGAUACCGUAAAUUAACAUGUAAGGAAGAUGCUAGACCUUUCUAUAUAAUUACCCCUUAAAGAAUCGCUGCUGUUUGUUAGUGACCCAUACAUAGCGACGUGCGUGCCUGUCCCUUCGCGAUUUACGCUCCGAAAAUGUUUUUAAAUUUAUUUAGCACAGAAAAGAAUUUAAGUGCAGCGUUUAUUAGGCUUUAAUAAUAACCAAGAAUUAAUAUCAGAUAAUAUCCUUGUAAACAAGGAUUAUGGGGAACCGAUGGGAAUUAUUCUGCAAUGUAUUCAGAAUCAAUCAGGCUUAAUUCAGUCAUGAAAUUCCUUGAAAAAUUACAUAUUUAUUUUUUAUUCUUCCAAUAGAGAGAAUUAGGCAAUUUAAUUGUUGUAAUUUUAAACUUAAAAUCUUUUAUAAAUUUUUCCUCAUCUCAUUUUUAGACAUUUAAUUAUGUGGACUCGCUAUAAUACAAAGCGUUGUAUUUACAAUGCAGGUAAGAAGGUAUGCAAAAAAUUUACUUUUAAUCUUAAAAGUGAUAAAAAUUUAUUUCUGCGGAAUAAAAAUUCCCGUGUGAGUUUCCCUUAGGUAUGCUCUUUCUUUUUUAGAAAAUUUACUUUGCAGAGCGCAAUCGAGGACAUUAGCGUGUGAAACGGUUCCGACAUCGUCGAUCGAUGUACGAGUACGAUCGCUAUUAAAACAAGAACAAACACACAAAAGGAUCGUUAAAUAACCCGCACGAAUUAGACAGCCUUUUGGACCUCAACGCCUAUUCUAUAUCUAUAACUUUUGUACCUCUUCAUAUACAUAAAACUGGCAAGUCGUACGCGUGCACGUGUGUAUGUGUGUGUGCGCGCGCGCGUGUGUGUGUGUGUGGGGGUGUGUACGUAUAAUAUAUAUACAUACAUAUAAAGACAAGCGUUACAAAAGCAUUACAAAAUUUUACUAUCUAUACCGUACACUCUUCAUCAUGGAAAGCAACUAUUCCACUUCACACUUAUUAACUUACGCAGUUUUCUAUCGCCAAUUACUAAUGGGACUAAUAUCGCUCACUUGUCAUUAAUUCCAUAAAUGUAAUUGUAAGACACUCUUUGCGAACGAUACUUAUUCUCCUCAUUGAUAUACAUAUACAUAUACGAUAUAUACGUGGUGGUUCGCGCGAAGACAGUUUAGAUGGACAGAUUGAUUUGAAGAAUGCGCAUUUUGCGAGAGGCAAGAGUAACAGAUGUCUCUAAUAACAGUGGAAAAUUAUGCUAUUGAAAAUGGAAUACGCAGAGAAUUAUCACAGAUUCUCGAUUUAAGCGUAAAUUUCUUCAUGUAAGCGUCUUGAUAUCGUGAUAUUUGAUUAUUCUGACUUUAAUGUUGACGUAUUCUUUGAUAAUUUUUGCUAAAACUGCUAAAAUUUGCUCGAAUUUUUAUUUAUACAUAAUUUGUAAUUGUGUCUUUUAGACAACCUUAUCGUGCUCUUUUUAAGCAACUUGGUCGAAAUGGUUUGUUCGAGAUAGCUUCGAAUCGCGUACAAACGUAUGCGCAAUUAGUAAUUAAAAUUUAUAAAUAAUUUAUUAAACUGUACCUUUAAUGAUAAAGCACUGUAUAUAAAUGGUACGUAUUGCGUACGAAUUAUCUGUAUGCAUACAUGUAAGCCAAGAUAAGCAAGUUAGCAUUUAACACUGUUGUAUAUCAGCACAAAACUAAACUUUUAUUCUUCAUACUUAUACGCGAUUCGCGUCUAUGCACAUGUACGCAUAACGCAUACUGUUAAGUGUCUAUGUUUGAUAUGCGUAGACACCGUAUACACGGUAUUGCGGAAAAGGGCUAUAAUUGGAAAAACAAUGCAGCCUUGUUCUCUAAAAUUAACAUUUCAGCAAAAACGCAUUGCUCUCUAUCGAUUGUAUUGUAAAAUGUAAAGGUAUCUCGCUCAUAAAAAGAUAAGUGUUGGAGCUACCAUUUUGACUGCUACCCAUCAUCUUGUGGGAGUCCCGUGUAUACGUGUAUACGUUGAAAUUGAACCUGACACAUCAUAUUUGCGCAGGACAAGUUCAGGGGAAAAAAAUGAAAAGUGUUUAAUAGUUUACAUCUCGUUUUUCAGAAUUUAAUUUUGUCAGAAGCUAGCCGUAGUGGUUAAAAAGAGGAAGGGAUAAAUAAAAGAGUGAAAAAAGGCAGAAAGGUUACUGAAGAGACACAGAUAUUACAGGAUAGAAGACAGUACGAUAAAAUGGAGAGAAAAUGGCGGGAGAAGAAACUGAAAGAAUAAAAUACACAGAGUAAAAAGUGCCCACGCAAAAGGGAGAAAAUGGAAGAGAGGAGAAAGAGAGAAAGUGAACCGAAUGAUAAUGACAAUAAUAGUGCAAAGUGAUUCGUACUACAAAUAGCAUCGCUACGCGUAUCAAUCAUAAUAGUUUAAUUCUGUUAAUAAAAUUAAGCAGACGGAUUAAUUUGACGUAAUUCGAUGCACGUCAUAUUAUGUGGAAAAUAAAAGGUCUACCAUGUGUUGAAUUAAUAAUACGUAUUAAAUACAUUAAUAAUAAAUUAUAGAAAUAUUAUGCGUGGGUAUCGAUGGGUAUUGAAGUAUAUCGUUAUUAUGAAUGAUAAUAAUUUAUAAUGUUAAUAAUUUGUGGGACGAAUCACGAAACACGUAGCCAUUGCAUGAGUGUGUACGAUUCACAUAUACAAAAUACUAUAAAAUUUAAAUUAUUUUAUAUUUUUGUUACGCCUCUCUGUGAUAUAAUAAGGGCACAUUCACCCCAUCCUGUAUAUGUAUGUGCGUUAAUCUUCGUAUCUCGUUGAUUAAAGUGAAACCUUUUAGAGAAUGAAUCUUGCCAAGCCUUCCCUAUUGCAUUUCGAAAUGCACUCGAACGUACCUCCAUUUAAUUCCGAAAUUAAUAAAAGAAGUUGAUUUUUACAGGAUUAUCAUUACGCAAUUAAUUUGCAUAACUGAAUAAAAUUGAUAUUAAUCGUUGCCAAUAUUAAGUAAAAAUGCGCACGUAAAUCUUUUGUUAUUUCCAAAAUAUAUAGUAUGUACAUAAUAAUCACAGAUGUUAUACAUGAAUAAUCGGUAUUUUAUUCAAAGUAUAAUAUACGCAAUUUAUUUAUUUAUUAAUAUAUAACUUGUGGACUUUGAUGUUAUAACUAAUGAAAUGGUUUUUAAAGCAGCAGGUACGCUCGAGAUAAUGUUCGCGAAAGAUAUAAUAUGCAUCGUUAUACGACAACUUGUACUAUAUUAUAUUAAUUGUACGAAAACAUAACUGCAUUGUGACUGGAAAAUAUUGUAAUUUAACGAUGGUGAACAGUAGUUGUACAGCGAACAUUUGUAUGCUGUACAACAUAUGUCUAAUACAGGGUGUAUCUCUGAAAUAGUGGAUCAGAAUUUGUCGAUAUAUUCUUAAAUUCCGAGUUAAUUUUUUUUAAUUCGUUAAAAUUUAAUAUUUUUCAUAAUUCUAAUAAUUAAAAAAUAAUUUUUAAUCAACAAUCUUAUAAUUUAAUAACUUAUUAAUUAUAAAGCUGACUUGAUAUUAUUAUGUAGAUGACGAAAGUAAAUAACAAAAAUUAUUGUUUUAAGAGAAUUAAAAUUUAAGACUUAAUUGUGUCCAAAUAUUUAACGAAAAUUAAAAAGUGAAAAGAAUUGCAUCUAAAAAAAAUUCUAAAUUUUCCGAAGGCCAUACUGUACUUGAAAGCAUUGGCCCACUAUUUUAGAAAAUAAUUUCCAUCCUGUGUAUGCAUACUUAUAGAUGCGGAAAGUUACGUACUAUUAAUUGUACACGAAUCAUUGUUAAUCAUGGUUGCGGUUCUAUUUACACAAUUCGUUUAAUGAAUAAAUUUAAAAAUAUAUAUAUAUAUAUUUCGAUUAAU